GUCUAGCCGCAGGACCCCGAGGCCCGCGCCGCCCUCCGGCCCCUCGGAAGCACUAGACGCGCAAACACAGGCCGCUACCGCGAUACUCAGCCCUGCCCUCCGCGGGCAGGAAACGCCGCGGACCGACUUCCGGUUCGCUCGGCACUACCGUGUUCUGCCCCGCCCGCUGCGAUCCGGUUCCGCUCUCCCCAACCGGCUCGGCGGCGGGGCUUCCGGUCGGGAGGGUCCGCCCGCUGUCGCGCCUUUUGCCGGGUCCAGACAUCGGUACGUCUGGGCGGGUUUCUAGUCUCCCAAGCGAGAGCGUCGCAUUCACCCCUGUCGGUCUGCGGGCGCCCCAGACCCCAGAGGACCUGGCCCCAGCGCUUACCUGUGUCCCCCAUUCUGUGCUCCCCAUUCCAGCCCGUUCCCUCCUCCGCCGUGUCCCUCCCCCGCACCCCGCUGCGUUCUCGCGCGCCUCGCCCCGCGCGCACAGUGCACCUGUCCCUUCUCUGGGAACCGCUCCUUCCGCUCCGCCCGCCUGGAGUCCCGGCCUGAUUCCGCGGCGUCCUUCCAUAGCCCCUCGUUGCAUCCUCCUUGUGGUUCCGUUGCAAACAUUUUUAAAGGGCUGGUUAUUCUUCGUGAAAUGAGUUUGGUGAUUAGAAACCUGCAGCGAGUCAUCCCCAUCAGGAGAGCGCCACUUCGCAGUAAGAUCGAGAUUGUAAGGAGGAUUUUAGGAGUGCAGAAAUUUGACCUGGGGAUCAUCUGUGUUGACAACAAGAAUAUUCAGCACAUUAAUAGAAUCUACAGAAGUAGAAAUGUCCCAACCGAUGUGCUUUCUUUUCCAUUUCAUGAGCAUCUGAAAGCAGGUGAAUUUCCCCUGCCUGAUUUUCCAGAUGACUACAAUUUGGGAGACAUUUUCCUAGGAGUGGAGUAUAUCUUCCAUCAGUGUAAAGAAGAUGAAGAUUACAAUGACGUCCUGACUGUGACGGCCACCCACGGACUCUGUCACUUGCUGGGCUUCACACACAGCACGGAGGCGGAGUGGCAACAGAUGUUCCAGAAGGAGAAGGCGGUGCUGGACGAGCUGGGCCGACGCACUGGGACCCGGCUGCAGCCCCUGACCCGGGACCUCUUCGGAGGGAGCUGAAAGCAGGACGGGGGAGGGGUGGAGGCUGCGGGGAGCCGGGGUCCCACACAGAUAAAUAACAAAUGAAUAUACGAGGGGAACUUCCUCUCAUUUCUUUCACA